AUGAGUUUUGAACAAUUAUCUAUAAAUAUUGACUCUGAGAAUAAUAAAGCAAACUUUAAAGCUAGUACUAGUCAUAAUAACAAUACCUUUAAUAAUAUUAAUAACCUGAAUUUUAGCAUUAAUAUUGGUACUAGUCAUAGUGACAACUUAUUUAAAAAUGCUAAAAUAAAUUUUAGAAGUAACAAUUCUUGCAAUAAUAAUAAACUGAACUUUAGUGUUGAUAUUAGUACUAAUUAUAGUAGCAAUUCCUCUGAUAUUAAUAAUAACUUUAACAAUGAACCUGAUAAAGGUCAUUAUAGUAUAAUGCUAUUUAAAAAACAAGCAACUUUAAUUAAUAACAAUGCAACAAUAUUAGUUAAACAAAUCUUUGUUAACUGGUAUAACCUCAAGCAACAUAUUAAUUCUUAUGUGAUAAAACAAGAUUUUGCAACAAGAUUUAGUUAUACAGAAAACACUUUGGGCUUUAUUACUAAAACAGAAAUUAUCUGUUACUAUAAUGAUACUCCAAGUAAUAAAAGCACUAAAUUAUAA